CAAUCACACCCUAAGAUAAAGCUAAAUUAUGAAAAAAAAAAUCAUAAUAUUUGGGUAAUUAAAACAAUCCCUCGACUACGUAUUGUAUUUGUUCACCCUUACGGAGUCAAAUUUACUUACUAAUGAGGGGGAAUUUUUGAAAAUUGAAAAUUGAUGUCAAUUAAAAAUUGAAAGCUUUCCCGUUGCGACUACCACCUUAAUUUAGUUUUAGUUUAUGAAUGUAACUUUGAAAAUAAUUGUGAUUUUAAUAAUUGUGACCCUUCCCAAUUUCUAGGUAAUCUUGUUAAUUAAAGCAUGCCAAAAGAUAGGAGUUGGGUUUUAUUAGAUGAUCGUCGGUUAGAAGUAUAUCAAAAUGGUUGUGUGGAAUUUAUGGAUUUUGCCUUCGCUAAAUGUGACGUUGAUAAUAAAAUAAGAUGCCCAUGUAGAGACUGUAAGUGUCGUAAAUGGGGGGAUCGUGAAUUCGUUAAUAAACAUUUACUUUGGAGGGGUUGGGAUAAACUGUAUGGGCAACGCCGAUGGACUAUGCAUGGAGAGUCCGAAGAAGAAUACAUUGGCGAGGAAAUGAAUAAUACUAAUCAUACAGAAAUUCCCGAAGUUGCAAUUUUAAAUGAACCUGUUGAUGUACGUGAUAACAUGGAAGACUUACUGCAUGCGUGUCUUCAUGACGAUCGUCAUCACGAUCAAGAAGAUCUGCACGAAGAACCCAACCCCGAAACUGAUGAUUUUCGUAAACUCAUUGAAGAGUGGUGCAUCCCCGUUUAUGAUGGAUGCCGGGUAUAUACUAAACUUUCUUUUAUCAUGGAGUUCUACAAAAUUAAGUCUCGUGGCAAGAUGAGUGAUAAUACAUUUACUGAAACCCUUCAGUUAAUGAGAAAACUUGAUUUUUUAAAUAUACCCGACUCUUUUUAUGAAGUUAAGAAGCUCAUCGGUAAAUUGGGGUGUGGUUACGUCAAGAUUGAUGCGUGUGAGAAUGACUGCAUGCUGUUUUGGAAGGAUGACUUCAACUUAAAUGCAUGCAAAGUGUGUAAUGCUUCAAGAUGGAAGAAUCCAGUAGAAAACCAACCGAGUUCUUCAACCUCUCAGCGCAAAAGGGUACCAAAAAAAGUUUUGCGAUACUUUCCAUUGAUUCCGAGGCUCAAGCGGCUAUUUAUAUGUCAAAAAUCAGCAAUCAACAUGAGAUGGCACGCUGAGUCUCGAUGUAACGAUGGCGUUCUCAGGCACCCUACUGAUUCUGAUGCUUGGAAAGAGUUUGACAAGAAACACGAGUCAUUCUCUUUCGACCCUCGAAAUGUAAGGCUUGGCUUGGCUACUGACGGUUUUAAUCCCUUUGGAUCAUUGAGCAGCAAACAUAGCACAUGGCCUGUAAUUCUAAUGGUUUACAACUUACCACCAAAUAUGUGCAUGCAACGCUCUAAUAUGAUGAUGUCAUUGCUUAUUUCUGGUCCAAAAGGCCCGAAAAAUGGCAUUGAUGCUGAUUUGGAGCGAGUUUAUGAUGAGACCAUGCGUGAUGGAAGUGACGAAAGCACGGCCAACUCGACUACAAUUGAAAAGGUUUUGGGAAAGAGUAAAGGCCUUGGAAUUAAAAGUUCAAGCACAAGGAUUGGAAAGUCGAGAUUUUCUUCAACACCAUCAGACGUGGAGAUUCAACUGGAGAUUCAAAUGAAGGCAAUGCAAGAACAAAUGCAAAUGAAAGACGAACAAGUGAAUCGAUUGGAACAACAAUUGCAGGAAACCCGAGAAACAAAUAAAGUUAAAAUGACAAAGUUGAUCGAUUAG